AAUCUAUGUUACCUAAAUAGAUUAUCUGGAUAAGAGUCAACACAGUGGGCCAUGGCGGGAUUUUUUAAAUCAAUUGAGCGCAAUAUAAAUAUCGAAAUAAAUUCAACAUGAGUUAGUUCCGUUUAUCUAAAAAAACAGGUUUAGUUUACAGCAUGUCAUCAUUUGAAGAAGAUAUAAAAGAAGCAGUAGAAGAUGUAUCAGAAGCAGUAGAAGCUUCGCAGAAUGAAGGCGAUGAAAUCGGAUCGGAGAUAAGCAAAUCGGUUACAGUAAUUUUAAAAGCGGUAACGCAUCGUGGAACGCAAACUACAAUACAAUGCUAUCCUGACCAAAGUAAAGAAACUUUCAUCGACAUGAUUAUUAAUACAAAAAUAUAAGUAAAUAGUAUUGAACAUAAAUAUCACGACAAAGGAAGAAAGAGUUUGGUAUAAAUUAAAUUAGAUUGUCCUUGUUGCAAGCCGAACACCUUUACAGCAAGCAGAAUAAACAAAUAUAAAAAGCGAAAGUGAAAUGAUAACAUAUUUGCAAUUUAACUUAAAAGGAAAAUUUACAUAUUAAUUGAACUGAAAUUAACUGCAUACAGUUGUCUUUGUUUCCAAUUACAUCACUCAUCUGAUUUGGUAAUGAAAUAUUAUCAUUGUAUGCAUGUAGAUUAUCCCACCAAACUCUGUUAUUUUUAAAUAAGAAUACAAAAAAAAUGUGUAAUUAAAGAACACCCUGUAUAUAUUA